AUGGCUGAUCCACUUCGAGAUGCAUCUGUUAUGAUUGUUGCUGGUUCUAUUGAGUAUGAAAGAAUUCCUGGUCGUUUAUCCACUCUUGAGCCAAUAUUUUGUGAACGUUAG